AUGUUUAAAAAGCGUCAAGCGAAUGAUGAGGAGGAUCAAUUAACGGAAAGAGGAUCGAAGAAUCCUCGUAUCGAAAUUGUCAAUUGUGAUGAUGAUUCAGGCAUGAAUAUUGAUACAAGUCUCCCGUCUAAUUUUUCACCAUCACCAUCGCUAUCACCAUCAAACUCCUACUUCAAUUCACGAGAAAUGAAUUCUCCAAGUUAUCAGCAGGAUGACAUUGAAGUAUCAAAUGAAUUAAAUAAAAUGAGUUUAGAUAAUAUCAUGGACAUGGAUGAUUGUGAAAGCGCGUCAGAACUGGAACAAGGAUACGGUUCAAUAGCACUUACAUCAGCAAAAGGAGCGUGUUGUAUAGCUCAAAAUUUCGAAGCAUUUUCACCAUAUAUCAAAAUAUUCUUUAAUUUAGGAAAGGAAAUAAUAAUAUUAUAUGAAAAGGCUGAACAUCAUAAAGAAUUAUGUAGUUCCCUUUUACAAAGAUGUAAUUGCGCAAUGGCCACUGUUAAAGAUUUAUAUAUAAGAAAAACAGAAAACAAAUGGGAUGUUAGUCAAUUAAGUAAAUUUAAAAAAUUCUUCUUUACCAAUAAUAUCGGAGAAACUUUUCAAAACCUUAUAGCAGAAUUUGAUGGAUUCAUGAAUAGUUUGAAUUUUACCUUCACCAUACAAUCCAAUAAUAACUUGGCGACUAUGAAAAAUGAUAUGAAACAGAUCAUGGAGAAAUUAUCAUUUUAUGACGUCCCUAAUGACAGACAAUCUCAACAAAAUUUUUUCAAUGAUGUGAAUUCAGUAGCCGGGAGUGCCCAAGAAUUUAAAAGACAAACUAGGAAAAACAAAAUUUUAGAUUCAUCUGAAGUUAAAAUCUUGGAUGAAAAUGAACCAUUACUCGUUGGUUAUCAAUAUAAACAAACCGGCAUCUAUCCUACCAAAAAGAUUGAAAAACAACUUACAAGGAAUAUUUCUCCAAACAUCGAAAAUGUGAGAUAUAUGGCCCCGGAAAAACUAUCAAUAAUAGAAAAUGAUAGAAAAAAAACGACCUCUCCUUUAGUUCCUCCUUAUGAUUCUAAAUGCGAAAUCUACAGUGUUGGGGCAUUAUUGUGGGAAAUUGCCGAAUUAAAAAAACCUCAUUCUGAUCUUAAUAAAUCGGACGUUCUUCUCGGUAUUAGAGAACGUGUUAAUGACAGAUACUGUCUACAAUUUUCAAACGAAGUGCCACGUAAAUGGAAAGAAUUAGUUAAAGAUGCCAUGAUAUACGAACCGGCAUGUCGUCCUAAAAUAUCCGAAAUUUGUCGAAAACUUCACAAAUUGAGUAAAAAAAACCACUCUAUCACGACCCAAGACUAUGCUGGGGAAUCUGAAGAAAAUUUACCAAUGGAUUAUCCGAAUCCAUUGCCUCCAUCAUUUGUCACCAUUACAAUUCUUCCGAUUAACGACGCGAUUCGUACUCAUAAAUCAAAAAAUGGGAAUAAGCAAUUGGCAUGGCAAAGUUUUAAGUAUCAUUCAUCAACCAAUAUUGAAGCGAAAUAUUGGCUAGGAUAUUAUUAUUAUCAUCAUGGGGAAAUUAUUCCUGAAUUGAAACAAAUUGAUAAAAAAGAAAGGAUUAGAAUGUCUAUAGAAAUAUUUAAAGAAACGGCUGAUAAAGGAAAUCCUUCUGCUCAAUUGAGAUAUGGAUUAUGUUUACUGAAUGGUGAAGGUGUUGAUGAAAAUUUUGUAGAAGCUUUUAAAUAUUUAAAAGAUUCGGCCCAUCAGGGAAAUACUACAGCUAUGUAUAUUAUUGGAAAAGCUUAUUGGAAAGGUGGUAAUGGUAUUGAACAAGAUAGGGAACAAGGCGCGAAAUAUUUAAAAGAUGCUGCUCUCGAGAAUCAUCCUAAGGCUAAAGAAAUGUGUAAUAAAUGUAAUAUUCCCUUUUAA